AUGGGCAUCGACUGGACGCCUUCGAAUGAGGAGAAUCAAUGGCGUCGUACGUUCUGCCAAGUGCCGUUUCCUGCCAUCUACGAGCACGCAGACAAGGGCAAGCGCAGUCUCGAGAGCCUCGUGGCGUUCUUUCGUGGCCAAGCCGCGAGCGAGCGCCGCGCGGUCAACGAGCUGCGAGAGCUCCUACUGGUGGCCGAUGAGCUGCACGUGUUGGAAGAAUGUGGAAGCGGCAGUCGACGGGCGUUGCUCGAGUUACGGGCGUUCGUCGAUGCAAAUUGCAGGCAGAAGCUGAGGGUGGCUCAAGUACUGGACGACCAGGUCGCUGGACCACUUGCGUCGCUGCAAAACGCGUCCGAGACGUACAUUGAGACGCUCAAGAGCGAGAUUUCACGGGCAAAUCGAGCGUACGGAGCUGCUGCGGAAGGUCAGAAUGAAGCUGCCGAGUGGUGCUAUCGAGCGACGAUGGACUUACGGGACGCAAAGGACCGACAGAAGAGAGCACUGCAUGGAAUUGGUGUGCCUGAGUUUGAGCUGCAACGCCUGGCAGCUCGAGUGGCCAAGUGUCAGGAAGAACAGGCUCAGGCAGUGAUGGUACGAGCCCGCACGAAGACGACGCUGUAUAACCGGAUCAUCUCGCGCGAUGAAAUGACAAUGGCUGUGAGUGUCGCGUACCAGAAAGCUGAGGAAGAGCGAUUGGAUCAGCUUCAUGCGAGUCUACGUCGCUUUGUUCAGAUGGAAACGGAACGGCUCGAGACGUCGCAGCGCUUGUUGUCGAAGUUGGCAACGCACGUGCAGAGCUUGAGUCGCGCUGAAGAUCUGCAGAUGCUUAUUCAUAACCAGCGGGAUUCGGACAAUCUGCAUUUCCAGGGAAAAGCGUUGGCGCUGUUGGACUGGCAGUGGAGCAAAAUGCACGCGGAUCACGUGGGAACGUCUCACAACCAUGCACUUGGUCUGCUUGAGCGACGAAGCAGCACGGAAGAUGGUUCAUGCGCGUGGCCUUUGCCAUCAUCAGCAGCUUCAACAGCUACGCUGUCUUCCCUGAACAAUGUGUCAGCUAUCGAUACUGCUACGUUGGACACUGUGGCUUCACCAGACAGUCCGCAUACGCUCCUCACCCAGACCCCGAUGAGUGCUGCACUUCGCCAUUUUUUCGCCCAAGAUAAAGAGCACUGUGAUUCUGCGUUCGAUGAAGCAGAAGAAAGCGAGGCCGGAGCUGAACCAUUACGACCACCAUCUUGCGUGGAUAACCGUGAGUAUCCUGGGUCUCCGCAGAUGACUAUCGACUGUCAUGAAGCACGGACAUCAGCUGAGGCUCUCGUACGUGAGACGUGCAAGACCGCUGACGGUCGUGCUCUGUUCGUCAAGUGUCUGAACCGACAACGCAGUUUGGAGACCAAGGUAAAGGACCAAGCGAGUUUCGGAGCACUUGUCGCUUGCUUCGAUGCGUUCCUUGACGAGUGCGUUCGUGAAGACGAUGUCAAAGCGGCGAAAACUGCCAUGAUUCUGGCCGAAACGUUUUACUACCCGAAGACGCAGGAACAAGGAGUGCGCUUGGACUUGGUCGACGAUGACGUGUCGGAUUCUUUGCAGUCUCGAGGUAACGAAUGUGAUCGUCCGAGAGACGAAGAUGCCGGUAUCGUGGUACGCAGGUCUUCAUCAGACGCAACCUGCAUCGAUUAUACUGAGCGAACAAGUGAGGAGCUACUUCAACGCGUUGAUGAACUUCAUCCUUUUCGCCAUGGUGGAGGACAUGGUCGAGGUGCCACACGGACGUACCUCCAAGAAGAAGUCAAGCAGCACAGCAUCUGGAAGACGCCAUCGUUUUGGGAAAAAGCGCUCUUGUUGGCAAUUGGUGAGGAACUUCAGCGGACGCCACAGCCGUGCCCGUGGGAGGAAUUACCGAGCGGCGUUCCCAAGCACGAUGGUCUACCGUCUCGCGAAGAAGCCGUGUGUCGUGUGCAUAACAUCGUGUUCGGCCAGCUUGGUUCAUUCACGCUGAGCAUGCUUGAGUUCAAUGUUCCGCUCUUGCAGAUCGAGUCGUUCGUGGAAACCAUGUGUGACGCACAUGAACUCACGGAAGACCAGCGGUUCCUCCUGCGCAAGAAUCUACACGAGAUUGUCAAUGCAGAGCGGUAA